CUCUCAGAACCUUCAAUAUCCCCAAAAAUCCACACAAAUGCUUCAUAAAUUCAUCGCUAAAUUUUCUGCAUCAUGGAAACAGAAGUUAUCAGGAUGAGGUGCAAAACUCUCGCGUUAUUCACUGCCAUCUUCGGGAUAAUGUUUUGCCUUAUAAUUUCUUUCAUGCUUGCGGUCGAACCCGGACGGGAACCCAAUAAUUUUCCUUCGUGGUGGAAAAUACCCCAACAUGAAGAGCCCAAAGGAACCCCAGGGCUGCAAGUCCAUCAAAGCAACGAACCGUCAGCAGACGUACAAGCCGAACAACCCGUCGGCAACGUUGCCCGGAAUGUGACUGUCACAGUGGGCGAUGAGACCAUGAGCCUGGGUGUGAGUGACGUGGGACCCGUGUGCCCACCGGGAACCCGUAUCCUGUUACUGGUAAUCUCAGCACCGGGUAACUGGGCGAGAAGGAAAGUCCUGCGUCGGGUUUGGAUGAGCCAAAAGGGCGAAAUGCAACGAGAAAAUAUUUUUGCGGCGUUUCUCGUUGGGCAGCCUCAGGAAGGAUCCAACUUCACAGAAAAGUCUCAAAGAUUACUAGAACACGAGACCAAAUCGCUUGGAGACAUCAUCACAUUGGCCGAUCAUGAAGACGUUUACUACCGUUUGACAUACAAGGUCAUAGCGGGUUAUGCUUGGGCAAGAGAGUUUUGCAAAUCGGCGAAAUUCAUUGGCAAGGUCGACGAUGACGUUUUCGUCAAUAUCAAAAGACUCAAUGCUUUUGUGGAAGGGAAGGACGACAGGAAGGCCGUUUUGGGACCGAUGAACAAAGGCCUUUCGGUCAUAAGAGACCCAAAUUCAAAGUGGUACAUUCCACCGACAAUCUAUGGACGAAAGAAAUACCCGCCGUACGCUGCAGGAUUUUUCUACCUCGUGACAGCUGAAUUUGCAGACGCAGUUCUCGCAGAAACUAAAGGCGUAGCCUUGUUUCCGAUCGAUGACGCUUACAUCACGGGAAUACUAAGGGAGGCUUUGCAUGCGAAUAAGUUUCUCACAUACAUGGACGCACCUGGAGUUUGGAGAUUCGGCGUUGGUCCAGCAACGAUUCGAUUUUGGCUGUCACUACCAAAUUCCAGAGCUUUGAUAACAAGGGCCCCGAUUGCGGUUGUACUUGAAGAUGAAGCCGCGAUGGACGGAGUGCAUGCGAAGAUGCAGCUUGCGGAUCUUUUAGGACGACUUCUUGGAGCAAACGUGUCUUCAAACGUCUACUCUGACAUUCUCUGA